AUGCACAUAGUUGCUUUAGCAUUAAAGGCAGUUGGAAUCAACGUUGAUGAACUCACUUUGUCAACAAGGUCUCUUUACGGAUCUAGAAAAGCUAUACGACAAUCUAUCGGAAAAACUAUCAAAAACACAUUUUUGCCAAACACAACUCUUGUGGCUCACUUUGAUGGAAAACUUUUACCUGAUUUUGAUGGUGUAAACAUAGAUCGCCUGCCAAUUGUGGUAUCAGAGAAAAAUGUAGAAAAACUGAUAGCUAUACUAAAGGUUGGCGGUACUGGCAUAAACAUAGGAACCACAAUAGUUCAGUUACUUCAGAAUUGGGAAGGCGUGUCAAAUUGGUUGGCUGGUUUGUGUUUUGACACAACAAGUUUUAAUAUUGGCAUUCAUACUGGUGCUAUAACAAUAAUUCAGAAAUUUUUUAAUAAACAUCUCUUGUUUUUAGCAUGCAGGCAUCAUAUUCUUAAAAUUAUUGAAACAGCUUUAUUUGAUUUAUUUUUCACUUCAUCUGGCCCUCAAAUUGCUAUUUUUAGUAGAUUUAAAGAUCAAUGGCCAUCAAUUAAUCAGUUAAAAUAUGCAUCGAUUGACAAGGUAACAACUGGUUGUUCUUUGACUGAUGAUGAAAAUUUGUGGCUUAAGCAAAAUCGUGUAGCUAUGAUUGAUUUUCUUCAAGACCAACUGCAAAAUACUCAACCUCGACAUGGCUACUUGCAAUUGAUUAGGCUUUCUCUCAUAACUUUUGGAGUUUCAGAUCCUACUGCUGUACAAGUCACUUCUCCAGGAGCUUAUCACAGGGCUCGCUGGAUGGCCAAAGGAGUUUAUUGUUUGAAGAUUUUUUGCUUUCGUGAGCAACUGAAGUUAACUGCAUAUGAGCUACAAGCAUUAAAGAGACUUUGUCUCUUUACUGUAACUGUAUAUGUAAAGGCAUGGUUUUGUGCAGCAAACAGCUGUAGUGCUCCUUACAAAGAUUUAUGUUUUUUUCAAACUCAGGAAUUAUUUGAAAAAGUUGAUUGCAAAGUUGGAAAAGAAGCAAUGAAAAAAAUUAAAAGGAAUCUCUGGUAUCUAAGCGAAGAUCUUGUUGGAAUGACAUUUGUUUCUGAUUGGGUUAAUGUCGAUGAGAAAAAGCUUAUGCGCUCCUCAAUGAAUUUUGCAAACAGAUGGGUCUUGAGAUCCGCUCCGAACUUCGUAAAUGAUGGAGAAGUAGUCAGAAAAAGAGGUAGAGAGUUCCAGAAAAAAGGGCUAGAAAAAGCAAAAGCAGAUUUAACAAAAGAGUGUUUAACACGAGUUAAGAAGUAA